AAAGCCUCCGGCCUCCAUCCAGGCCUUGUCGUGACCAAAGGCAGACAUCGCUUCAGGGGGGCCAUGGCCAGUACAGAGUCCUCGCUGUUGAGAUCCAUAGGCCUCAGCCUAGGUCCUGGCAGCAGUGAGGUGGAGCUGGACUGUUGGUUUGAUGAGGAUUUCAAGUUCAUCCUGCUUCCUGUGAGCUAUGCAGUUGUCUUUGUGCUGGGCUUGGGCCUCAACACCCCAACCCUAUGGCUCUUCAUCUUCCGCCUCCGACCCUGGGAUGCAACUGCCACCUACAUGUUCCACCUGGCAUUGUCAGACACCUUGUAUGUGCUGUCGCUGCCCACCCUCAUCUACUAUUAUGCAGCCCGCAACCACUGGCCCUUUGGCACUGAGAUCUGCAAGUUCGUCCGCUUUCUUUUCUAUUGGAACCUCUACUGCAGCGUCCUUUUCCUCACUUGCAUUAGCGUGCACCGCUACCUGGGCAUCUGCCACCCACUUCGGGCACUACGCUGGGGCCGCCCUCGCCUCGCAGGCCUUAUCUGCCUGGCAGUUUGGUUGGUCGUAGCCGGCUGCCUCGUGCCCAACCUGUUCUUCGUCACAACCAGCACCAGAGGGAACACCGUCCUGUGCCAUGACACCACUCGGCCUGAAGAGUUUGACCACUAUGUGCACUUCAGCUCGGCGGUCAUGGGGCUGCUCUUUGGCGUGCCCUGCCUGGUCACUCUUGUUUGCUAUGGGCUCAUGGCCCGUCGCCUGUAUCGGCCCUUGCCAGGCGCUGCACAGUCUUCUUCUCGUCUCCGAUCUCUUCGCACCAUAGCUGUGGUGCUGACCGUCUUCGCUGUCUGCUUCGUGCCUUUCCACAUCACCCGCACCAUUUACUACCUGGCAAGGCUGUUGGAAGCUGACUGCCGAGUGCUGAACAUCGUCAACGUGGUCUAUAAAGUGACUCGGCCCCUGGCCAGUGCCAACAGCUGCCUGGAUCCUGUGCUCUACUUGCUCACUGGGGACAAAUAUCGACGUCAGCUCCAUCAGCUCUGUGGUGGUGGCAAGCCCCAGCCCCGCACGGCUGCCUCUUCCCUGGCACUAGUGUCCCUGCCUGAGGAUAGCAGCUGCAGGUGGGCAGCCACCCCCCAGGACAGUAGCUUCUCUACUCCUAGGGCAGAUAGAUUGUAACACGGGAAGCCGGGAAGUGAGAGAAAAGGGAGUGAGUGCAGGGCAGAGGUGAGGGAACCCAAUAGUGAUACCUGGUAAGGCGCUUCCUCCUGUUUUCCAGGCUCUGGAUAGAAGCCCUCGCCCUGAGGGUUGCAGGGAGACAGGGACAUUAUGGGUGAUCUCAUCUCUCAUAACCCCUUCAGUUGCCCACUCUUUUUUAGCCAAUGCCAGUCUUCUACUCCUUUCUCAUUGUUUCUGUCCCUUCCUGGGGCCAUUGAUCCUACAAGUCUUCCUGAAAAUCUUCCCCAGUCCUCUUUCCCUGUCCCAUUUCCCCCACAGCCUCCUAUAGCAUGUGUUUCUCCAGCCAGAGCAGAGCAUUCAGCUGAAGGGGUGGAUCAGGCAGAGUCAUCUCAGGAUUGGCCUGACGUAUCUGAUGGUGAUAACCAGAAUCAGGAAGUGGAGGCAACUUCCAUAUCACAGAUGCCAAGGAUGUGCCAUAUGCAGCACCCACACCAACUUCCUGGUUCUCCCUCAAAGACAGCAUAGUCUUGCUUACUGAGGCACUGCAAUAGGGUGUGAUCCCAGGGAGCCUGCAUGCCAGGGUCCCCGCAUAUAGCUGGGGGCCUGACACUGUUGAACUAGUGCGCAGCAUGAAUUAAAGUCCUGUGAUGGGGUGGGGACCUUAGCUGAUAACAGCCUUUAGGACAGGAAUGGGACUGGACCUUCUUUAUGAUGUUUGCUCAGAACACGUAUAUGACAGCUCUCCUGUACUUAACGAAAGGACAAGUGGAUGGCUCAGACUGAGGGGGUGGAGCUCUCAUGUCUAUGGCUGUAAGUUCCGGCAUUGAGGAGUAGAGCAGAUUUGUGCAGAGGAUGGUGGUGACAGGAAUUGACGCCCAGAACUAGCGUUUCACUGAUCUCUCCCCUUUCUCUAGCUCCUGCCCCAAAUAAAUGAUAAAUCUGUCACCAGCUCUUUCAGAUCAGGCUUCAGGACUUUGAGGCCAGGGUGGAGCACUAGGACUGGGAAGGUUCCUUUUAAAGUUUCCCACCCAUUCAUUGCUUCUCUCUUCCAGUGCCAUCUUAGCACUUACAGGCUUAUAGGAUCAAGUUGCGGAGGGGAGCGGGGUGCAUUGGAAAUUGAGAAGCUAACCCCUAAGCCUUGGGAAGUAAGAAUUUCUUGGCAGGCAUUCUUGAGAAAGGUGGGCUCACACUUACAGGCCUUCUCCCUUUGAAAUCACCUUCCAGCCUGUUGGUCUCCUGAGUCAGAUCCCAGCCUUGCCUUUCGUUUUUUCCCACCCUUGCUGACCUGUCUCUGAUCUCUUACUUAUCUAAUGAUACCAACUUCUUAUUGGCUUCUAAGGGGUCUCUCUCCGUAGAGUAGGGCUGGGGCUGGACUGCAGAAAAAAAUGACUUCAGUUUUCCUAAAUUUCCCUUUUUGUUUUUUGAAAGGCUCCCACUUUCUCCCUAGAUAUCCAGGACCUUCUUGCUACGCAGGACUCCUGCCAUUAGGAGUAAAUGAACCAACUUUUUUCUCCUCUUCUUGCUGGUUCUCCCAGUCUCACAGCCACUGUUACAUACACUGUUCCUCAUCUGCACUCUCUUCCUUUUAUUCCUAUGACCAUGGCCUCUUUGCCCAUCACCUCCCCUAACGUGCUGUCCCCACCCAGUAAAGCUGCUCUUUCCAUCCCAACUGACUCAGGCCAAUUUUCUCAUCUGUUACUUUAGGGCUGUCUUCCCUUGCACUUUAGCUUUAAACACCUUGACUUUCACCUUGGGCCAAUCUCCUUUCUUCUAGGACUGGAGGAAAUUGCAGAUGAAACCAGAGGACAAGGCUGACUUGACUCACUAAAACUUCACAUCCUGGAGCUACGUCUAAGCUCUCAUUCCUCUUAGCCUGGUGUGUUCCUAGAGAACAUUCCACAGCAGCGGUUUCCUGUCUUUUCCACCUCCACAAAGCCCCAGAUUCAUCUCCUUCUUGUGAUCUCUUAAGAGAGAUACCUUGCCUCCUGCAAAACUGAGAAGCUCUAACGCUUCAACUUCCAGUUAUCAUUCAUGAUAACUACUCUAUAUUUGCCCUGUCUUUCUCCCUUUCUUCCCUGAAGUUCCCAGAAUAAGAGGUGGUCCCCUUUCUUAUUCCUUUGUUUACCUCUCUUCAUUAUUUCAAGUCUCUUCCAUCACCCAUUUUAUCCCACCUUAAAAACAAACAAACAAACAAAAAAACAAAGCAUUACC